AUGUCGGAAAGUCAAGACAAUGGAGCUGAAGGAGGAGGAAAUCCUGCCGCGGCAAAACCGAAACAUGUUGGAGAUGGUUCAGAAGGCUCGGUCCUCAAGGGUUCAGAAGGCUCGGUCCUCAAGGGUUCAGAAGGCUCGGUCCUCAGGGGUUCAGAAGGCUCGGUCCUCAAGGGUUCAGAAGGCUCGGUCCUCAGGGGUUCAGAAGGCCCGGUCCUCAAGGGUUCAGAAGGCUCGGUCCUCAAGGGUUCAGAAGGCUCGGUCCUCAGGGGUUCAGAAGGCCCGGUCCUCAGGGGUUCAGAAGGUUCGGUCCUCAAGGGUUCAGAAGGUUCGGUCCUCAAGGGUUCAGAAGGCUCGGUCCUCAGGGGUUCAGAAGGCCCGGUCCUCAAGGGUUCAGAAGGUUCGGUCCUCAAGGGUUCAGAAGGUUCGGUCCUCAAGGGUUCAGAAGGCUCGGUCCUCAGGGUUCAGAAGGCUCGGUCCUCAGGGUUCAGAAGGCUCGGUUCACAGGGUUCAGAAGGCUCGGUCCACAGGGUUCAGAAGGCUUGGUCCCCAGAGUUCAGAGGGCUUGGUCCUCAAGGGUUCAGAAGGCUCGGUCCACAGGGUUCAGAAGGCUCGGUCCUCAGGGUUCAGAAGGCUCGGUCCACAGGGUUCAGAAGGCUUGGUCCCCAGAGUUCAGAGGGCUCGGUCCUCAGGGUUCAGAAGGCUCGGUCCACAGGGUUCAGAAGGCUCGGUUCACAGGGUUCAGAAGGCUCGGUUCACAGGGUUCAGAAGGCUCGGUCCUCAGGGUUCAGACGGCUCGGUCCCCUGGGUUCAGAAGGCUUGGUCCCCAGAGUUCAGAGGGCUUGCACCACACUGUACACACUCCCUCAGACCUGUGAGGGCCUCGGAGCCUGGGGUCCUGUGUCCGAACCAGAGGUGACCUUCUCCCAUCCGGCCCCGAAGCCUCCGCGGCCUGAUUAA